GUCAUCAACCCUUGCCUCUGCGCCAGGACACACAGAUCACCUAAACCAAUCACUAACCUGUUUUUUAAAUACCUCCAAUCAGAGAGAAUCCACAACUUUAUUUUGUGACUGUUGUACUGUGGAACGGCACACUGCCACUUCUCAGAAGAGGUGGGAGAUCAAUGUGACUCUGGACACAGCCAGGAUGAAAAGGAACUAGUCAGACUCCUCCUUGGGGAGACUGAUGGCGGUGUAAAAGGUUUGUUGUGGCCAGUGUCAGAAGCCUUCCCGGCUCCAUCACCAACGCCUACCUUCCACCUCGACCCACUAGAGACCACUUAAACACCAGAGCGGAGGCGACAGCUGUAUUCAGAAAACCAUGCUUCAUGUCAGCAGGCACCAACGGCCGAGUUUAAACUCUGUUCAGCAUGUGGACACCGCGGAGAAAUGAGCUGCCCGGACAAGCCAGGGCAGCUCAUAAACUGGUUCCUCUGCUCCCUGUGCGUCCCGAGGGUGCGGAAACUCUGGAGCAGCCGGCGCCCCAGGACGCGGAGGAACCUCCUGCUGGGCACCGCCUGCGCCAUCUACCUGGGCUUCCUGGUCAGCCAGGUGGGGCGCGCCUCUGUCCAGCACGCAAGGCCGGCAGGAAAGGGGCCGCACCGGAGCCGGGCUGCCACCGAGGCCCCGUUCCCUGAGAUACCCCUGGAUGGCACGCUGGCCCCUCCCGAGUCCCAGGGCAAUGGCACCACGCUGCAGCCCAACGUGGUGUACAUCACCCUGCGCUCAAAGCGCAGCAAGCCAGCCAACAUACGUGGCACAGUGAAACCGAAGCGCAGGAAAAAGUAUGCAGUGGCUUCUAGAGUCCCGGGGCCCGAGGCUUUGGUGGGACCAUCCCUUCGGCCUCAGGUAGCUGCAAGGGCAAUGGAUUCUGAAGUACCCGGGCAUAUCCCAGGAGGAAACCUGGCCAAGGCUGGGGAGCGACCCUGGAGGUGGAUCCAGGGUCCGGGAGCAAGAGGUGGGGGCGCAGAUGUGCAGCUGCCCCCGGCCGAGGAGAGCAACAUCAGGAUCUACAGCGAGAGCGCCCCAUCGUGGCUGAGCAAAGAAGACAUCGGCCAGAUGCGCCUGCUGGCCAACGGCGCCGUGGCGGGUCUCCAGCCGGCCCAGUCCAGGAGUGGAGCACGCCUGCUGGUGCUGGAGGGGACUACCCGGCCCUCGGUGCCCGCCUGCGGUCCCAGCCCCUGCGGGCUGCUCAAGCAGUCUCUGGACAUGAGCGAGGUGUUUGCCUUCCACCUAGACAGGAUCCUGGGACUCAACCGGACCCUGCCCUCUGUGAGCAGGAAGUCUGAGUUCAUCCAAGAUGGCCGCCCAUGUCCUUUCAUCCUCUGGGAUCCUUCUUUGUCUCCAACAAAUAAUGAGACCCACUCUUCUGUUAAGCUCACUUGGGGAACUUAUCAGCAGUUGCUGAAACAGAAGUGCUGGCAGAAUGGUCGAGUACCCAAGCCUGAAUGGGGCUGUACUGAAAUACAUCACCACGAGUGGUCCAAGAUGGCCCUCUUUGAUUUUUUGUUACAGAUUUAUAACCGCCUGGAUACAAAUUGCUGUGGGUUCCGACCUCGGAAGGAAGAUACCUGUGUACAGAGUGGACGGAGUUCAAAAUGCGACAACCAGGAUACUGUGGUUCUAGCCCACAUUGUCCAGAGAAAGCAGGACCCAAGACACUUGGUUUUUAUAGAUAACAAGGGUUUCUUUGACAGAAGUGAAGAUAACUUGAACUUCAAACUCUUAGAAGGCAUCAGAGAGUUUCCCGAAUCUGCAGUUUCUGUUUUGAAGAGCCAACACUUACGGCAGAAACUUCUUCAGUCUCUGUUUCUUGAUAAAGUUUACUGGGAGAGUCAGGGAGGUAGACAGGGCAUUGAAAAGCUAAUCGAUGUGAUAGAACAGAGAGCCAAAAUCCUGCUCACCUACAUCAAUGCACACGGGGCCAAAGUGUUACCUAUGAAUGAAUAACAAAAGGUCUUCUGGCUAGCGGUCCAGUCCUUUUAGAGAUGAGGCAGUGGAGAUCAACACACAAAGUAAAUGAAUUUAAUCUAGUAAAUAUGAUGAACCUGAGCACAAUAGCAGUCUUUAAAAGCUUUUGCAAUAUACUGCUAAGAUAUAUCUGUUUACAUUUUCCUUUAACAUCAUGACCUGGAGUCUCAACAUCUGAGCACAGAAUGGUUGCAAUUUUGAUCCCAGUUAGUUGUGUUAAAGCACCUGUCACAUCAGUUAAUAGGAUAGUAUGAACCAGAAGUGGUGAUUCCUUUAAUAAAUCAGGUUUGAUGCCAUUUGCUGGUCUGACUCAAUACUAAUGGGAACAAUUCUGGACAUCUUUCUGUUGUUGAUUGUUAGAACAGACAGUAGUUUCAACACUACCCAGAGGCAACUCUACACUGGAAAAUGGAGGUGUAUAACCUUCAGAAACUUCAGAUUCUAUAGUAAUUCUAAGGAGAAGUGUUGGUUUAUUUGUAAAACCUCCAGUGUAUGUUCUAUUAUAUCUAAAAAUGAUCAGCCAGCUUUGUGAUCCUCAACACAAGAAUCACAUUUUCCAUUCCCUUUCAGAAAUGUAUUAACAUUUUGUUAUCAGUAUAGAAACCUACAUCUGACAGUUUAUACAUUAAGUAGUUUUACUCUUUGUUUUAGUCCAACUUAUGUCUGGUGGUUUAAAAAUUCAAUUUUUAGGUAUAAAAUUGCAUAUGUGAAACUAUGCUUAUUGAGUGUCUUUUGGUUGGGUGGAUGCUCUUUUUACAUUUUUUGUCAUUUUUACUAAGGAUAGGCUAUAAUUUCUGCUUAUUUCAUAAAUAAUAGUGGAUUUCUUCAAGCUUGUUCUUUGUAAUUAUAUUUAAACAGAAUUAAUUGAUAUUGUCCAGAUAUUGACAAUAGGACCAGAGUGUGUUUGAAUAUAUUGUUUGACUUAUUCCAAUAUGAAAAAUAGGAGCAAAGUAAGUUAAAACCCAACUCUGGUCAGUUCUCCUCAAGUGAAAUCACAUGACUAGAAACAGGAAAUUGGAGGAUAUCUAACCUCAAAAAAUUCUCUCUGAACUCUGUCGCUUAGUCACUAAGUCAUGUUCGACCCUGUGACCCCAUAGACUAUAGCCCUCCAGGCUCCUCUGUGCAUGGAAUUUUCCAUGCAAUAAUAGUGGAGUGGGUUGCCAUUUCCUUCUCCAGAGGAUCUUCCUGACCCAGGGAUCGAGCCCAUGUCUCCUGCUUGGCAGGUGGAUUCUUUACCACUGCACCACAUGUCCUUGGAGACAUCUACAUCAUGGUGUUUGAUAGAUGUUCACAUAGAGAUUUGAAGUCUUGAAUAAAUUGCUAUGACCCUCCCCCCCUCACCUCUUAUUAAGAAGCUACUAUACUGACUUCUUUCAGCUAAAAAAAUUAGAAUAUUUAUAAUGCACUCUAUCCUCUGUUUUCUCAGUUCUGCAUGUUAUUCCUAAAGUGCAUCCCAUUUUCUGUGUUCUAAUAAGGGUCGCUCAGAAUCCCUGAAGAUUAGAAUUACUAAAGACUGUAUGAUAAAGGCUAACCUGUCUAUAGAUUUUAAUUUAUACAAACGUUUGAGGCAAAGUGACAUAAUAACAUGUAGAUUAUAAGACAACGUAGACAAAGGAGAAGGGAAUCAUUUGCUCCUCUAAUUAUAACUUUUCUAGGCUUACAUUCAAGCCCUGCUUGUUAGCGCCCUCACUUCUCAGCUGACCCUUAGAGCUGGCCUUCAGACCAUGCUGUCUUCAGCGUUCCCUCCGCAGCCCUGAGUGCCUCUCCCACCCUCCGCCCCAUACUUUCUAAGUACACGUGGACUCUGCUGAGUCUCCACUGCUACCUGCUGUAUUUGGUCUUUUUAAGAUCACUUUGUGUCUCAAGAAUCAGCAUAUUAAUGAGAAAUUGGCCUAAUAGAAGUCUGGAGAUGCAAACUCUACAUUCAAAUAACUCUUUGUCAAGUUGCCUUAUACCUUGUCUUAUCUAGGUGGCAUAUUUGCAUUUUAAUAUGCCUUUCAUGGAAUAUACCAUCUUGUCCAACUUUGUGAUACUGGUGCUGGAAAUCCCAGGUUUCUCAGAAGUGGCUUUGAUUUUGCAUCUUAACCUAUACCCCUUCUGGGCAACUUGGUCCUCCCGCUGGUGGGUCUCAUUGUUUAUUUGCCUCCAGUUUUUCUGAAAUGCAAAGUAUCAAAUGACAGGUCCAGGAACACAUGUUUAAUUUAGUCAUCUUUGCUUUUUAACAGUAUAUGUUGUUUUAGAAUCAGUGGAUAAUUCAUGCUAUAUUAUUUUUGAAUGAUGGAAGACUUGAGGCCAGGCUUUUCAUUCUAAUAAAUAAACUCUUCUCUUACUGAAACAAUGAGAAUACUCCACCUUUCAAAUGUACUCAUUAUGCUGCAGUUUGGUUCACAUUGCACAUUAUGGGGUUUAUUUAUAAUUUGAUAAAUUUAAAAUAGAGCAGUUUACAUAGGCAGACAUACAGAAGCUUAUUCUUGUGUGAUUAUUUUUUAAACUGAUAUUAUGAAAAUAAACAUAUCUUAAAAAUAUGUCAUAAAAAUGUUAAAAAUUAAAAAUGUGUGUUUUUUAUUUUGUCAGUGUUUUUGUUGUUGGUUUGUUUUUAUCUUGUUUUAUAGGUGAACUGCUUUUAAGAAGUGAACUCUAGGGGAGUGUUUGCUACCUUUAUCCAUGAUAAAAGAAACAAUUGAAUAGUCGAGAAUUAUACUAGACUGUGUUUGUGUAUGCAUAUAUUUGAUAUCGUUAAUAAUGAUAUUAUGUCUUCCCUUGGUGUACAUUUAGCACUCUUUUAGGUGGGAUGCAAAUUACUUAACAGAUAUCAUAAAUUAUAAGAAGAUACUAAUUUGGGGUUUUCUUUGCUUGAUGUGAGUCUUACCAUUAUAUUUAAAGCUUCCUUGGUAGCACUCAUAUUUAUUAAAUUUAUUAGGUACCUGGGAAACUUAUUAAAAUAUAAAAUGUCUUAGACUUAUGCUCAAAAUUUUUAUAAUCUCUAAACUUCUGUAAUAGCCUGUUUAUACCAUUGUGCUUUUAGAUAUAUGGUAAAUUAUAUCCAGUGACUGAAAUAAAAUAACCUAAAUGUAGGUUCAUUUAGUCUUAUGAAAUUCUAAUGUUUAUCUCAGUACAGAUUAAAUAAGGCACAUUAGAGCACUAGCCUGAAAAUAUGAUAUGGAAAUGGUAUUGAUACAUAAGUCACAAAAAGAUGAUGAAGGCAUUUCUCUAAAGAAUAAAUAAUGUUAUCAAGAAUCAGGAACUUUCAUGAAUGAAAGAUGAUUUGACUUGUCAGAAAAGGUGUUGGACACUUGGAAAUAGCCCCAAGUAUUCUUUCAAUGCAAUGCUGGAUUUGAUUUUGUAUUGAAUGGACUAUUUAACAACGCUCUAGGGCAGAGGUUAACUUGUAGAUUUUUACCCCAGGGAGAUACAAAUAAUUUCUGUCUGGUGGAUAAAACAAUCCUACCUUAAUGGCUUUACAAAUUAUUACCCUGUUGGACAUUAACCAGUUUUUUGUUUUUGUUUUUGAAUUUGUCCAACAAUCUUAUCCUAACAUUUGCCUGUAAAUAUUUAGCUUUAGAAACACUCUUGAAAUCAUACUGUCUUCUUACUAGUUUCCUUGUUAUUAAUUAUUUUAAUAAAAUCUUUGGAUCUGUUCAUUUUAUAUUUACAUAAGAGUUGCGGUUUUACCUUUUCGAAGAUUUUGGUUUAAUAAACUUUGACUGUA